AUGUCUAGGGCUUCAUCUUAUGCCGCCGGCUCUAGUUUUGUGGUAAGUCGUGAAGCGCCGGUAAAAAGAAUAGUAGGCUUGGCUUUUCAGUAUUGGAAAUUGGAGUUACAGAUUGGAAUCACCACUCUUGGAUUCAAAACAACCACAUCAGCUUCAUUUUUUGCGCAUAGGGGUAGUUUUGUCAACUCGCCUGAAGACCACUGGAAUCGUAACCAAUACCCCUGGCCACACAAUUCAAACCUACCAAACUAUAGUACUUACAUACCAAACCAUUAUCCGCCACCCCAAAACGAAUCUAACCCCGGUCAAGGACCUUGCAAUUGCACAUCCAUGCCAAAUCCUAUGUGGGUUGCCAAUUACACCGUACAGAUACUUGUGAGCAAGCCAAUGAUACAAGGUCCAUGCCACAAAAUCAAUUCCAAGAACAUAAUAAUAAGAACCCGAUUUCUACUGAUUUCUUAG